UUCUUAUUGAUAGUAGUCCCCGAGCCUUUCGUGUUGGACAAGUGUGGAUGUGUGCAUGCGCGGCUCGUUAAAAAUACCGCUUCCAGCAUUGCCCCAAAUGCAACCUCGACGCGAUAUCAAACCAUCGCGCUAAUGUCGCUUUACACACGGUAACGUUAACACAACGUCGCCGUCUCCCGCCGUCUCCGCUCUCUCCCCCGCCGUCCGCUCCAGCGAUAUCGCGUCUUUCAUCUUCCGCUUUUACUUUUGACGAGUAACCGCACGGAUCCGCGCUAAUGUGCGCGCACAUGUACUUGCGCGAAAGAGUCGAUGACGUAAAUGCGCAACGACGACGCGGCUUCGUGUGGAUAUCUCGCAUUGUUCGCGCCUCGGCGCGCGUUUCGCCGAGCGCGAGACCAGCGCGGCGGGGACUUCCAGCUUAUAGAGAUGGAAAAGUAAAAAAAAAAAAUAAAAGAGAGGAACGGAAAGAGAACCCAGGGAAGCAGAAAAAAGUGUCCGCGCACACGAAUGUAUCGUUAUCGGGAAGCCGAAGCUUUCGGAUCCUCCCGUGGUCGUCUAUUCCGCGGAACGGAAAUAGACAAGCCGCGGCGCUCGUCGCACGCAUGUUCGCGACCGCCGGUCUCACCGCCGACGUCAUCUCCAUGCCUCGCUCCAUCAGCAUCACCACUGGCUGCGAUCGAUGUGUGCAUUAAAAGCAGUCGGUUCUCAUCAGGGGACCUGAGCUCAGAGCUCGACGAUGAACCCAACGCGGAUCCUGGGCUGGCCACCGUGGGUCGGCAGGACUCGUCCCAGCCGUAUCAGGCGGUGCCGGAGCGACCCCUGCAGUCUCAACCGGGCCCGAUACCUCCGCCGUCCCAGCCGCCGAUUCCAGGCGCGCCGCCUCCAGGACCGCCGCAGCCCAUCGGCGGCGACCUCAGCCUCAACCUGAGGCCCGGCUCGAGAACCACCAGCGCGCCGUCCUCGCCGGCCAAGACCCGGGAAAGUUUGCUCCAGCGGGUGCAGAGUUUGACCGGCGCCGCUCGCGACCAGGGUGCUUCUAUUCUGGGAGCGGCGGUGUCUGGCGCGACCAGAGGCCCGUCGUACAGCAAAGACCGAUGCUUCACUCUGCUGGUGAUCGACGACCAGAACACCGACUGGAGCAAGUACUUCCGUGGGCGUAGACUGCACGGCGAUUAUGAGAUCCGCGUCGAGCAGGCGGAAUUUCGAGAGUUGUCUCUCACGGCCAGCGAGGCGGGCACCGUGGUGUCCAUGGCUGUCUAUCGUAACGGGACCAAAGUCAUCCGAUCCUUCAAGCCUGACUUCGUAUUGAUACGCCAGAACCUGCGGGACGCCGGCGAAGAUUACAAGAAUCUUCUUCUCGGUCUGAUGUACGGCGGUGUGCCCAGCGUUAACAAUCUCACCGCGAUUUACAACUUUCAGGACAAACCUUGGGUAUUUGCGCACCUGCUGGGGCUGCAACGUCGCCUGGGUAAGGACAACUUUCCCCUCAUCGAGCAGAGUUAUUACCCCAAUCAUCGCGAAAUGGUAAGCGCAUCUCGGUACCCCGUCGUGGUGAAACUAGGCCACGCCCACGGCGGAACCGGCAAGGCUCGUGCGGAAACGAAUCAAGAAUUUCUAGAUCUCGCCUCGCUGGCGGCUAUGGCUAACUCCUACUGCACGGCUGAGCCGUACGUCGACACCAAAUACGACGUGCACGUGCAGAAGAUCGGCAACAACUACAAGGCUUUCAUGCGAAAAAGCAUAAGCGGCAACUGGAAAUCGAAUACCGGCUCGGCCAUGUUGGAGCAGCUUUCCGUGAGCGAGAGACACCGCACAUGGGUGGACCACGUGGCGCAAUUAUUCGGGGGGCUGGAUAUCUGCGCGAUCGAAUUGCUGGUGGGCAAAGAUGGCCGGGAGCACAUCAUCGAGGUCAACGAUAGCGCGCUCUCCUUGAUGGGAGACUCGCAGGAAGAGGACCGCCGUCACAUCGCGGACCUAGUCACCGCGAAGAUGCAGGUUUACUGCCGGCCGCCGAGCGUGUUGACGAAGACCGCCUCACGGGGCUCGAUGUCGGGCUCCAGCCAGGCGACCAGCCCGGUGGAAGAUCGAACUGCACCCCCGACAGCUCCCCUGGGAUCGCACGGAAGUAUGGGCUCCAUGGCGAGUAUAGGCAGCCUGGGCUCCGUCAGUUCCGCCGCCACCGCGAUACCGGGAGACGUCACCACCUCGGACAGCCAUCAUCAGCUGCAGCGACGUGACUCCCAAGCAUCGCAAUCGAGCACCGUGAGCUCGGUGAGCGCGCCGUCCGUCGGCCGGCGCUCCGAGGAACCGCCGACGUCCAGGGUGCCGUUCCACCGACAAGGCAGCCAGUCGCAGACUCAGGGCGAGGACACUGAGGACACGAUGAAGAACCUGCGAAAGACCUUCGCCGGUAUCUUUGGCGACAUGUAGACCUCGGGGUAGGGCCGACUGGGCGAGAGCGAGCCCGGCGGGCGCUCUCGCGGCGAAGUGGCGAACGAAAACCAGUCGGCACGAACAACACGAACUCACGAAAUCCUUCGAAGAUCCCUAAGCAUGUUCCACGACUGAAAAGCUCGAGAGCACUCUCACUCGAUGCGCCGAUCGCGCGUAGGUAGGUUGACGCGGAGCAUGUAGAUAUCUAUAUAUUUGCAGAUUGUCAUAUAAGAAACUCGCGAGGCUGCGCUCCGCGCGAAGUCCAAUUAACCCUUCGAAUCUGACCGAGACUCGCGGAUUGUCCGUGGGAAGCAGGGAGCUCUCGUCCGCCGUUCGAUAUCAGAUCGUUGAUAGGGCCAAGGACGGGGCACAAUUACACCCCUGAGAGUGCGCAGUCUCGCGGUGAGAAACUCAAAAACGAAGAAUCUCAUACGUUCAUCGGUUUAAUGAGCUAACGCGCUGUAGCAAGCCAGCGAGGUAGGUUCUGUAUAUUGAGAGAGUCUGGUCGUAUGUGUGUGUGCGUGCGUGCGUGCGUGCGUGUGU